CAAUUUAAGAUUCCGACAGCUUAUGGACAGCCAAAAAUGAUUACGUUUAUGCGUCGUUUCGUAAAAUAUAAAAGGGAAUGACAUACUAUACAGAAUUAUAUUCUAUUACAUAGACGUUUAUAGGUCGAAAUCUGAUAUGAAUAAAGUAACACAGCAGAUCAAGAUGUGAUUACAGAUCAACGAGGGUAACACCGGUGAAUUUCUAAAUACGACCAAGUGCGUGACGUUUGCCGAGAAACAGGAAUUCUAAGGGAAAACUAAUUUAUUGGAACCGUCAUUUUCUCUCUAUCGUGUCCCGUUCAUCCUUCGGGCAUAAGGACCAGGCGGAGCGUCUGGCAAUCCGUAGAUCGUAUUUUAGAGGAGGAUAAGAAUCGCAAACGCAUGACAUUACAUGUCAGAUUGGGGGGUAGGCUGUCACAUUUGAACUGGUCCCGAAGAUUCUGAGCUUAAUGUAGAGAAUGCUAAUCCACUAAGUGUCUGCUGUCCUCAUUUGACUAGAACCUAAAUAUUACUUUAACCAUGGAUCCUCCGGACUAUUUACAGCUGGAGAACUUAACUUUGGACGGGGGAGCAAUCGCAUAUCCUGUCUGCAUGGAAUGGAAAGAGAAGCCGGAGGGAUCACUGUUUCAUCUCGCCAAUAUAUUCUUGGUUCUGGGUUUUAUGGGCGGGAGCGGAUUUUAUGGCUCGCUGUACUUGUUCUCCUUCCUGGCGCUUGGUUUCUUUUGUUCCUCCAUUUGGGCUUGGUCAGAUGCAUGCACCACCGACGCCUUCUCCUGGAGCUUUGCCCUCUUCGCCAUCUGCGCCCUCCAGAUCGUCCACGUCGCCUACAGGCUGCGAAAUGUCACGUUUGAUAAAGAGUACCAGGAUCUCUAUACCUACAUGUUCAAGAGACUCGGGGUGUCACUGACCCAUUACGGGAUGGUGGUGGCGUGCAGCGACGGGGUGAUACACACUAUUGAAAACGACCACUGCUUCGCAAUGGAGGGCAAAACGCCAAUCGAUAAACUUUCGAUUCUCCUCUCCGGCAGAGUUCGGGUAACUGUAAAUGGGGAGUUUCUGCACGACAUUCACCCCUACCAGUUUCUCGAUUCGCCCGAAUGGGAUUCUCUACGGCCUGCAGAAGAAGGAAUCUUUCAGGUGACGCUGCGAGCCGAAAACUCCUGUAAAUACGUCUGCUGGCGGCGCAAGAAACUUUAUUUACUUUUCGCCAAGCAUCGCUACAUCGCGAAGGUGUUCGCCCUCCUGGUCAGAAACGACAUCGCGGAAAAAUUAUUCUCCCUUAACGAUAAAGCUGUGGGCGGUGGCGGGUUUCGUUACGAUCUCCGGUUACCCAGCUUCUGUUACGUCCCCGCUCCUGAAUCGGAGCCGACAGACGUGUAUUUACGGGUCCCGGAAAAGCGCAUCCACCCACCGCAAACACCAGCAUGAAGGACGUGUAGUCUUUAAUAUAAUUUUGUUUUGUUUACUUUCGCGUUCCCUUGAAAAACCUCGUUUUUUCUUCAUAUUUUUUUCCACUUUUUUAGGUUCGGUUUUAUUUACACAUUUUCCCAGAAUUUUUAUGAUUGUAAAUAAAUUUUGUAUUAUAUAUUAACAACAGCAUAAUAAAUGUGAACACGGCGUUUUUAGGACUGUAUAAACACUACAUCCUUACUUAAACUUUGUGUGUGCAAUUCGGUCGCAAUAGAUCUGCACUGCGUGUAAAUCGACACUCUGCAACCAUGGCCAAAUUUAGCUGCAGAAUCAACUUUUUGUUACCAAUUUGUCAUAUUGUCGUCCAGAGAAGCAUUGGAACUGAUAUAAACAUCGUUUCCUUUCAGACCAGUGACUUAACACAGCAUUUCACAAGAAAUCGUCGGUGAAAAAAAUGUCCGUUUGUGUCAGGACCCUGAAAGGCAAAGCACACACUUAUGCAUUCACAUCCCCCCCCCCCUCCUCA